AUGCCGAGCAGCUCAGUACUACUGUCCAUCGAUGUACCCGAAGUCAGCAGACAGCAUGGUUGCUCUGUGAGGGGCCCGACGAGAGCACACUACCCGGCGGCACAGACUGCAGCAUUACGGCUGAGAAACAGCACGAUGAGAACCUUCUGGCAGGGUCCCGAUAGCGAGCGUACAUGGCCAGCAUCUUUCAUGGCGUUAAGCCUUGCAGAUUCCAGUGGAAGAGGUGGAGUAUUGGCGGCUGGUGCUUCAGGCGUUGCUGCCCCUGCUGCAGGCGCCGACAGCGAUGUUGAGAGGCGCACUGGGCGAGAAGUCCUGGACAAGCAUCGGAACACUCAAAGUGGUCUGGUGUGGUACUUGCUUCUGGCUACGAAGAUCAAGGGAUCCAAAGAAUACUUGCAGGGACACCGGCAAAUAGCAUCACCAUGCAAGGCAUGUCUUGCAGACAUCCGAGACCAGAAGAACGUGUUUGAAGAGCUGCUGCCAUGGGCAGAGUACAAAGGUCAAGAGCCAACAGUACAGCAUGAUAGAUACAGAGACACAGGAAACAUAUGGAAGCAUAGAUCUGAGGACAGGAUGUUUGAAGAGUGUGAUGUGUUGAAAGCUCGAGUAGUCUUGAGAUAUCGCAUGUGCUUGAUGAUCGAGGCAGACCAAGUAGACAGCAAUAACACUUAG